AUGAGAUAUUCCUUCAAUCUGAUCUCUUUGCUAAUCCUAGCCACAGGGACCAAGGCGGCGUCGACAUUGUUUAGGGGCGGAACCGUCAUCGGCUUCGAUAACAAGACUCAGACACCCCAGCCUCUAUACAACACCUCCAUCUUGGUCACCGGAGAUACAAUCACGGCAAUCUUCAAUGAAAAUGAAAAGGACUCUGUCGAGAUACCUUUGGAUACGGAAAUAGUGCCAGCUGCAGACUUGAUCAUCUCGCCCGGCUUCAUCGAUACGCAUCGACACACUUGGCAGACGACCUACCGAACUAUUGCUUCCAACAUUACCCUGUCCGAAUACUUUGUCCGAUACAGUCCCCUAUCACGAGUCCCUGACCUGUUCACCCCAGAAGACUUUUACCUGUCUCAGGUGGUUGGGCUCUGGGAAGCGCUCAACGCCGGCGUGACUUCGCUGCUGGACCACUCACAUAAUAUCAACACCCGGCAAGUCGCCGAGGCCGCUCUCGCUGCCUACUCUGAUAGCGGUGCACGAGUUUGGUUUGGCUAUGGCUUUGACCCUUCCGGUAACUUUACGAUUCCGGAACGAGCGGCACAUGUCCUUGAGUUGGCCACGGACCAGCGAUUGUCAACAGGCCUGGUCCAGAUGGGCAUAGCGUUUGACACUUGGACGGGAGUUGACAAGUCGGGCCUGGAAGCGGUCCUCGGUUUACUCAAAGACGGCAACCUCUCGGUCUUGACUACACACUGGCUGGACGGACAGUGGAAUCUCCGCCACAGCCCAUCCUUGCUCCAUGGCCUUGGAAUAUUGAACCAAAGUCUCCCGAUCGUCUUCUCUCACGGGACUUUCGUCACCCCGGCGGAAUACGAGCUCCUCAAGGAAUACGACCACUACGUCUCCAUCACGCCAGAGUCCGAGAUGCACUUUGGACACACAAACCAGGAGAGCGACCUCAUAAUGGAUCAGGCAGCUCUUGGGGUGGAUACCCACGCCACGUACUCUGGGGACAUUGUCACUCAAGCCAGGAUGUGGCUGCAAAGCGUGAGACUGAGAUCUUUUAGAAAAACCCUCGACGAGUGGAAGAUCCCUCGAUACAGCCCGAUGUCUGUGAAUCAGGCCUUUCACCUGGCCACUCGAGCGGGUGCCCAGGCUCUCCGGCGCCCAGACCUCGGUGUCCUCAAGGUCGGAGCCAAGGGUGACAUUGUCACCUUUGACGGAAAGUCUGUAAACAUGGCUGGUUGGAGGGACCCCGUUGCAGCCAUUAUUCUUCAUUCCAACGUCGGUGAUGUGAAGGACGUCAUGGUUGGUGGAAGCUUUGUCAAGAGGAAUGGAAGUCUGGUUGCAGAGCAGCUAUCCGAUGUCAUGACGAGGUUUCAGGAAUCCGCGGCCAGAAUUCAGGAAGAGGCUGUCAAGAUUCCAUAUGAGAUGAAGGGCGGUUUUGUCUUUAACCCUGCUCUUCCAUUUGCCGUUGUCGAACCUGUAGAUGCUGUGAGGAACGACGGCACAGGGUACUAG